UGUACAUGAUGUUAUAAUAUGGUAACCAGAGAAUGUAAUCAGUGAAUUAAUAAUAUGACGAACAUUAACCACCAUUUUGAUUUGUUCUGUUCAGAUUGUUUUGACGCCGACGUCGCUCUGUCGGCCGUCGUCGUCGUCGUCUGGUUGUGACGGCCCCGCCGACCUCGUCUUCGUUGUAGACUCAUCCAGCAGCAUCUGGUUCAUGGACUUCGUGAAAAACGUCCGUCCGUUCGUCCGCGACGUCGUCAACAUUUUCGACGUAGGCAGCGCGCCGACGCAGACCCACGUCGGCUUGGUGACGUUCAGCGACAGACACCACUUGGAGUUUCACCUCAACGGCCACGCCACGAAACAGGACACGCUCGCCGCCAUAAUGAACAUGCCCCGGAUCAUUGGCAGCACCAACACUUCCGACGCGCUACGCUUCGUCACCGACGAGAUGUUUACCAGGCGACACGGAAGCCGAGACGACGUUGCUCACGUGGCUGUCGUGCUCACGGACGGCAGAUCGCAGGAUUUCGAGGCAACCAGAUCCGCCGCACAGGCCGCGAGGGAUUCCGGAAUACACAUUUUCGCCAUUGGAGUGGGCGACGGCGUCGACAAGACGGAACUCUACGACAUUGCGAGUGACCCCAGCGACAACUUCGUCUUCCAUGUAACAGACUUCCAUGCUCUUGGAUCCAUUAAGAAUCAGCUAGCCGAUAAGGCUUGCAAAGUAACUACCACAAGGCCGGAUAUUGCAACAUCAACAGUCACACUGCCUACUUCCAAGACGUCUACAACAAAGACGUCCACAGUGUUGCCAACACGCAUAGUGACGUCAGAGAGUACGACACGCACAUUCGCAGAACCAUCUACCACAGUGACAACACCAUUAACCACCAUUUUGAUUUGUUCUGUUCAGAUUGUUUUGACGCCGACGUCGCUCUGUCGGCCGUCGUCGUCGUCGUCUGGUUGUGACGGCCCCGCCGACCUCGUCUUCGUUGUGGACUCAUCCAGCAGCAUCUGGUCCAUGGACUUCGAGAAACACGUCCGUCCGUUUGUCCGCGACGUCGUCAACAUUUUCGACGUAGGCAGCGCGCCGACGCAGACCCACGUCGGCUUGGUGACGUUCAGCGACAGACACCACUUGGAGUUUCACCUCAACGGCCACGCCACGAAACAGGACACGCUCGCCGCCAUCAUGAACAUGCCCCGGAUCAUCGGCAACACCAACACUUCCGAAGCGAUACGCUUCGUCACCGAUGAAAUGUUUACCAGUCGACACGGAAGCCGAGACGACGUUGCCCACGUGGCUGUCGUGCUCACGGACGGCAAGUCGCAGGACUUCGAGGCGACGAGAUCCGCCGCACAGGCCGCGAGGGAUUCUGGAAUACAUAUCUUCGCCAUCGGGGUGGGCGAUGGCGUCGACAAGACGGAACUCUACGACAUUGCGAGUGACCCCAGCGACAACUUCGUUUUCCAAGUAACAGACUUCCAAGCUCUUGGAUCCAUCAAGAAUCAGCUAGCCGAUAAUGCCUGCAAAGUAACUACCACAAGGCCGGCUAUUGCAACAUCAACAGUCACACUGCCUACUUCCAAGACGUCUACAACGAAGACGUCCACAGUGUUGCCAACACGCAUAGUGACGUCAGAGAGUACGACGCGCACAUCAGCAGAAACAUCUACCACAGUAACAACACCUAUGACAGUACAUAACAUACAGGGCGACCAAGAUCUUGGAUAUAAGACGUGUGGUGGGAAACCAGCAGACGUAUACUUCGUCCUCGACUCGUCAGCUAGCAUCGACAUCAGCGACUUCAACGACGAGGUGCUGGGCUUUGUGCGCAACAUCAGCGAGAUCUUCGACAUCGGCGACAAAAAGACAAGGGUCGGGGUGAUGUCCUUUAGUGACAAUCCUCACCCUGUGAUUGGCUUGAAUGCCUUCAGCAAUCUGCUCGAACUUCAGUCUGCCGUCAACCCAGACGCCAUUCCCUUUCUAGCCGGAGGUACCAACACCGCCGCUGCCAUCAAACAUGCGCGGGAAAGAGGAUUUGCACCGGAAGUGGCACGACCGGAAGUGGCACACGUCAUGAUAAUCAUCACUGACGGUCAGAGCAGAAAUCCAAUGGAAACUAUUAUUGAGGCGGAAGCUGCAAAACAAGCUGGGAUAUACGUGUUCGCGAUCGGUGUGGGUUCUGAUGUCGACCAAAGGGAGCUAACUACAAUCGCUAGUGCACCACACGAGGAUUUUGUUUUCAAUGUUACCGACUUCAGGGCCUUGGCGACCAUCAAGAAUCUUCUUGCAAUCCGAACGUGCAAGCUGGUACCACAAGACCGACCGAACAAAGACAAGAAGAACUGCGAUUUAGAAAACGGCAAGAUUAUGUUUGUGUUUGAUUCCGUCACAAUGGGACUAUCGCACACACGAUCUAUAACAUCUAGCCUGGGUAACGUCAUGACGUCAUUAGCCGAACAAACCAAUCAUCUGCUAGCUGGCGUAAAGAUGCACUCCUGUUGGUCAAACACCGACAUUCCUCUCACGGAAGGAACACUGAUGGACAAGGCACUGGCCUCCCAGAACGAGGCACUGUACCCACGACUGGCUGCCUUGAUGAAGGAUGUCCGGCUCAAGACACUGGUGAAGCGUGGCGACCUAAAUAACGGACAUCGCGUCAUGGUCGUUCUGCUGGACGAGUCUAGUAUCGAGCGAACCUCUGACGUCAUAGCGGAAGCGAAGCGCGCCAAGUUCAGUGGUGUUGAGGUUUUCGUUGUGAGUAUUGGCGAUGUGAGUAACAGAGUUGUUCGACAGAUCGCGUCCACACCUCACGACCGACACGUGCUGAGAGUGGCAGAGCCGGGUCAGCUGGGAAAACUAACUGGAGAGAUCACGACACGGUUGUGUGGAGGAGAGUCGGGUCAACCUAUUAAACUCCCCCCGUGAAAGUUCA